UUAUUUCCGGGGUUAAAGCAGCCGCCAUAUCUGAAUGCGCUUUAAACACAGACAUGUUUAUGUUGAGCCAGUUCAGAAAUACAGUACGGAGAACUAUAUAGUACUUUAAUAUCACCCAAUAGACGUCCGACAGACCGGCUAUAACGAUGUCGUUGGUGGAUUUGGGAAAGCGUCUCUUAGAAGCAGCUCGGAAUGGUCAUGAUGAUGAGGUCCGGACGCUGAUGGCCAAUGGAGCCCCGUUCACCACUGACUGGCUUGGAACUUCUCCAUUACAUUUAGCAGCCCAGCAUGGUCAUUACUCCACUGCUGAAGUCCUACUAAGGGCGGGUGUCAGCAGAGAUGCCCGAACCAAAGUGGACAGGACCCCACUGCACAUGGCGGCUACAGAGGGCCAUGAGGUCAUUGUGGAUUUAUUAAUCAGGAGUGGUGCCGACAUCAAUGCCAAAGACAUGUUGAAGAUGACCGCUCUUCACUGGGCAGCCCAGCACGGCCAUCACACCGUCGCAGAGCUGUUGGUCAAACACGGUGCAGAUGUACAUGCCCUCAGCAAGUUUGACAAGUCCGCUUUUGAUAUCGCUAUCGACAUACAACACGCAGAACUUAUACACCUGUUACAGGAGGGAAUGCAGAAUCAGGUGAACAGGAAUGCCGAAGCGUCAAUCAUAAACGGCAGCUCCACCCCACAGUUCAUCAUUCAGGGCGUCCCAAACAUCCAAGGGGGAGUCGUCAACCUCUCUGACUUGAUCAAAGCCAGCUCAGGUGACACAGAGGAGGCCAUAGCUGUCAGUUCCUUGGACUCGAGUAUCCAACAAGUGGUGAAUGAAUCAGGUCAGAGGGUCAUAACCAUAUUAACAGAUCAACAUGGAAACCUGCAGACAAAUGGACUCGGCCAACCGUUCUUUGUCACAAUGCAGGAUGGACGACAAGUAUUGGCUGUUCCAGCCAAUCAAAUCACAGAGGAAGUGGUUGAAGACUCCGAACCUCCUGCUCGUAAAAGGAAAAUUGAAGUUUCAUCCAAUAAUGCAGAGACUGGUGAAACGGAGCAUCUCCAGUGGCAGUUACAGGAAGCUAACAGGAAAGCUCAAUCCUAUCGUCAGCAAUUGCUCCGCAAAGAGCAGGAAGCCGAGGGGUACCGCAUGAAACUGGAGGCCAUGUCGAACGGACAGAGCAACGGCACCACAGGGCUGGACCAGGAGCACAUCGUGUUUGUGCAAGAAGAGGUCGGCAUCGAAGAAACUACGGAGGGAACAGAGGAAGUUGUCAUGUUUUCAGAAGGUGGCGUAGUCAUCAAAACAGAGGACAUCGAUUGUGUGGACGAGCAGAUCACUCUUGUGGAAGCCACAGCGGGUCACACGGAAGUCAUCUCUUAAAAGCGCAACCCAAGAGCGCGGACUCAAUCCUCUCAAGCAACCAAAGAGUGCAUCGGCACGGUUUUGGUUUGGUUCAUUUUGAUUUUUCAGCAAUUAAGUCCUUUUUGUAAUUUAUUUCCUUGUUCUGUUUUGGUUAACGUUUCUUGCUUCAAAUGAAAGUUCACUAAGAAACAACCACAAUGUGCAUCAUAUGCACACACACGACCAGGGAAGAUGAUUCUUUCUAGGAGUCUGUAUCUGCAGUGUCCUUAGAAGUGCUCACCCAUCAAUUGUCCUAGAUGGGGUUCAUCAAACAGCUGGAAAAGGUUCACUCAGGAUGGAACUCUUUGCAAACUGCAUGUCUUUUGAGCUCCCCUAGAAACGCAGCAGUCUUAUUCAGACAGUUUCACCGCUUUAUAAAAAUGAAAGAUUGAAAAUUCAUCUCAGAAUGCAGCAGUGGUUUGUGUUCUAUGCAUUGGUAAUAAAAUAAUGCACCAGUUUCGAGAAUUUAAUUUGUAGGCUAUCCGUUUUAUUUUUUCUGUCGGAUCAUUUAAAAAUCUGUAGGUCAAUUAAAAGUGCCUUGGUGUAUUUUUGGUCAUGUUUAGUUUUUAUUCGUACAUGAAUUAUUGGCAUAUAUAGUAUUUGUUUAAAUGGGUAUAAAGCAUAAUUCCCAUUCAUUAACUCACAUUCCUUAUGUAACAUGUAUUUGUUUUCUCUGAAUAUGUAUAAUGUGGUUGUUGUUUUGUUAUAGUUAUCCUUAAGUUGAGAGCUCUUGUUCACAGUGAGUUAAAUGGAUAGUUCACCCAAAAAUUAACAUUCUGACAUCAAUUAACUUGUAUGGAUCUCUUUCUUCUACUGAACACAAAAUAUGUUAUUAAGAAUGGGUAACCAAAUUGGGUUUUCAUUACUAUGGAAGUCAAUGGGGUCCAUCAACUGACUUGAGGGUGAAUAAAUGAUGUCUGAAUUUAAAUUUUUGGGUGAACUAUCCCUUUAACAUUGCUUUCACAAAUGUAAAAAGUCUGAUUUCAAUAUCAGGGUUUUGUAUCUGUCUGGCUAGCCUUUAUAAUGUGUAAUGUUAUCUCCCUGAGUUAUGACAAAAUAAUCAGUGGUUUUUCAGACACAGAAUAAUUUGAGAUAUUCAUAUGCAUUAGAUGGCAAGAGCAUAUGUGAUUAUUAAAUUGAAUCCAAUUUUGUGCUGUAUAACAAAAAAUAGUAACAGACAUAAUUGUUGUAACCUCUAAAGAAAUUUUCAAUUUUAACUAGUUUUGAUUGGUUCUCACAUAGGAAAUUAUGUAAUUAUUUACUUUUUAAAGUAAUUUAAGUUCCGUGUUUUUUUUUUAUGUAAUGACAUCACCGUCCUCACAUUGUAAAAAUGAACCACAGUAAUAUACUGGCACUACAAUUUAUGGACCUACACUGGUUAAUGCAAAAUCUUGAUUUUAGAGUUUCUCCCACUUGUUAUAUGCUUAAAUGUAUAAAGCUUUUGACUUAUUUUUGAUUAAAAAUAUUGCAAAUAUCAA